CAGGAAAUCUCAAUAGCAGGUCUUAACUUGGUAAAACUGACUUACAAGAGCUUACAAGAGCUUACAAGAUCUCAGCAAUGGGAUGUCAAAGAAUCGUAUUAAUUUGGUGCCUAUUGUGUGGCACAUCUCAGGCUUACUCUGAAAAACGUUGCACCGUUUUGGGAAACCGUGAGGAAUUGAAAUUAUGGAAACCUGAGGAAAAGCCCAAGGAUAUAAAAGAUAUAACCUGGAGAAACAGCACACAUACUCUUGGAAGAAUAAAAAAUGGACUGAAAUCUGGACUCCUCAAUAUUUCUGAAGAUGGGACUCUCGAACUGGGAAUUUUACAAAAUAUAGCCAUAAAUAAUUAUUCUGCAAAAGUCUUUAAUACACAAGGGCAAUUAAUUCAUGAAGCUGUCAUAAGUCUACAAGUCAUAAAACCCAUUCCUAAGCCAUCAUUGGCAUUCAUGUGCAAACCAAAACUAACGAUUCAUUGCGAUUUCACACAUGCUCCAGAAUCUGCAAUCUAUUGGGAAAGGAAUGGAAAACGAAUAGAUGACACAAGAGCUACCUUUAAAAAUGAUAACAAAACAUUGGUUUUAAAUGCACAGUAUGAACCUACUGAUAGGUUUGCAUGCAUAGUACAGUACUGUGGAACUAAAGUGAAAAAUGAAAGUUCAGUACCUUGUACAGCUGAAGUAAACAGGAGGAAUAAGAUUCUGGGCCUUGAAUUCUGGUACUUUGUUGCUGCAAUUGCGGGUGGAGGAGUUCUUCUGAUCAUCUUGGUCUCCGUUCUUCUUGUCUACCAAUGUCAGAAAAAGAGAAAACAGCGCCAAUGUCAAGACGAAGACCAGUCCCUUCGUAAUUUGUCCACUCCUUCGAGUCAAGGCCAGCAGAAGCUGCAGCCCCCUCCACGAUCCCAGUCCCGCGGGCCGCCAGUCCACCCACACAGACCCGAGCUGCCCCAGCCCAGGGCCAAAGGGAAGUCCAGGCCCCCUCACACCGCUGGGCCCCUGCCGGACGAUCAACCACCACCCAGGCCGAGACCAAGGCAAAGGCCCCCGCCGCCGAGCUAGCCGCAGCCGGGCUUCCCCGCGGUCCGAAGAGCCGCACGCGGCGGUACGGUUGUGCAGGUGUAGGUGUGCUCUAGAAAUCUCCUUCAUGGUAACUCGAGUUACAGUAAGUGUUUUUAAUAACCCGUUCGUGACAUGACACUGAAACCAUGCGGUUGGUAACUGGUAACAUGACCCACGGGUUGCGAUAGUAUCUUGCUUUGGCGACUACGCUCCGCGUUUGCAAUGGUGAGCUGAAACCGGUGUGCCAUUCUGAUCUUAUUCCACAAGCCAAACAUGUUUUCGACUAAUUAAUACAUGACAUAAUAUGAUGUAUUCUGUAACUAAAGUAAUACAUAAUAAAUAAAAGGGUUAACCUGGUACAAUUUGUUUUUUUCAGUAUUUAAAAUUGGUUAUAAGUAUUGGAAUUAGUAUUUACAUUUUUUCAUAUCUAUCAUUUAGCUUGCUAAUGAAAGAGGCAUUUAAACUAUUCUUGUUCAUUAUUUGCUGAAGUAUGUAAUUAUCUGAUGUGUCACUUUCUGGACAUUACUGUUUGUCAUAUAUUUGUUUUAAGUUUGUUGGCAACUGCAUUACUUCUUUUAAUUUUUCUUUAAUUUAUAUACUUUUUUGGGCAUUAUCUUUACUGCGGUAUUGAAAAUAAAACACAAGUUUCACUAAAAUCACAUCAGACUUAGGCCUGGGCCAAAUCAAAACCUCAAACCACCUAAUUGCAAACUAAUUCCAGUUAAUUGCAAACAUGAUAUCUGCUGGUAACAUAUAUAUAUAGUUCAGGUGGGUAGCAGCGUCACCAUGCGUAGGCUGCAAAGGAACAAGUAAUAGGUUUAU